AUGGACUCACCAAGGCCAGCAGUAGAUUUAGAGAAGGAACUAACUUGCUCUAUCUGCACAGAACUUCUCUACCAGCCGCUGACACUGCUGGACUGCCUGCACACUUUCUGCGGUGCUUGUCUCAAGGAAUGGUUUAGCUGGCAAGCCGCCGCCGUCGAGAAUGCGCAAACUCCCCCGGCCCCCGGUUCGCCGGUCUUUACAUGCCCGUCAUGUCGGGCGCCGGUCCGAGAUACGAGGCACAAUGCCACUGUCGCGACGCUACUCGACAUGUACCUGACGGCGAACCCGGACAAGGCCAAGCCGGACGACGAGAAGGAGGAGAUGAACAAGAAAUACAAGCCGGGCGACACAGUGCUUCCCAAGCUUGAUAUCCUAGAAAGGACCCCUGAAGAACGGCGACUAGACCAGCAAGAAAGACGUCUAAUCGAUGAGGUGCGGGAGUUGAGUCUACGGGAAGCUGUCGCGGAUUCAAACGAGACCACACCCGCCAAGCUCAUCACGAUCGGCGAGUCGGCAAAGGGCUCAUUCAAGCCAUUCAAGGACACCAAGCGCUACAAGCCAAUCUGA